UUGAGUGCGCACGCGAGAAGAACGGUCGGCAUUUGUAAGCAACAUCAACAAAAUUUAAUUGUUUGUUUUGGGAAAAAAUUCAAGUUGUUGAUAUUCUAAAAUAUUGCAUUAUAUUUUUAUUACGAAGCAAAGUAAGGUUCGGUUCGUGUGCCCUUCGUCUUUUGUGGUUUUUCGAAUCGCGUACGGCCCAAUCAAAACUAGUUAAACCAAGAAAGUUAUUUAACCGAAAUUAUUUGUACGAUCAGCGAAGAUUUCUGCACAAAUUUUCACCUGAUUUUGCGAAGUGUGUGUGUGCGUGAGUUCUGUUAUAAAUAGCGAGAGAGACGAGGAAAAAGCAGAUCGCUUUUUUCGACCAUAAAAAUGCCGAAAGAAAGUGCGGAGCGAGAUAAAUAAAAAUGUUUGUUUGUGGGCCAACGAAAUAAAUUAGAACAACUCGUAAAUAAGUCGGGCGCCAGAAGGCUAAGAGGAAAAAAUGUACAAAAUCGCAAACAUAACCGAGCGGAAAUGUGCAAAUUGAUGGAAAAUAAAAAAAAGGAAAAAGUAGCAAAUAAAAAAAAUUAAAAGAAUUCCUGUUACAAGAAACCAGUUCCUAACUCCCCACCUACUUCUUUCUGGCUGCAUCCGUUUUGAGCGAAAGUUUUUUGCGCCCGCCCGUCCACUGUGCGAAAUGUGUGCAAGCGAGUUGGCCAGCUGUUUGCCCAGAAGAGGAAGAUGAAGCGGCCAGGAGGGGUGGCCAAGAUGGGGAAAACGGAAAAAUCUAGCCAAUUAAUUGUGCCGUGAAAGUGUGCGCCAAGUCAAUGUCUAUAAUAAAUACAAUUUUUUACAAUUUGCAGUCGUGCUUUUUGCGCGUUCCGAUUCGAUUUGAUUGAAAGCAACUUUGCGAGAAAAAAAUAUAAAAAACUAACAAAAACGGAAAGUCUAGCCUUGCAAUUGGACUUGGAUGGAUGACGACGGCUUUUUUUCGCCCGGAUUCGAGAGUUUACAACGAAAAGUUGCGGCGGAGAGGGCUUCGGCAAAUAUCAACAGCUGGCAAAGCAAAUCAUAAGUAAACACAGAGGACAGGACCGGACAACCGCACAGGACGAAGGAUAGACGUGGUAGUUGCCAUGGGAGCAGCCUCGGGUGUUGACCAGGAGUGAAAGGAUCCAGCAGCAGCAGGGGAAAGGCAGAAGGUAGCAACAGCUGCGGCAGCAAUCCGAACAGCUGCAACAUCUACGAGCAACGAGCAACGAGAGCAACAACGAGGGCAACAACAAACAACGCCAGAACAACACCCGCAAUCAAAUCAAAUUCAAAGAUGCAAAUUACAAUUUGCAUACAAAUGCAUGCGGACCAGACGACAUCAGGCGACAUCAUCACAAACUGCAACGAAAGCAACAAAGGCCCCGCAAAUUGUUGUCAAACGCUAUAAAAUUGUUGAGAAUAAUUGCAGAGUCCACUGGCAAACAUAUCACUGAGCGGGUGUAAGGUUCCCAUCCUCCAAUCAACAUGAUCAAGGGCAUUCUCAUCCAGCGCAAGAGCCAGGAGGAUGCCAGCUACACCAAGCAGCUCAAGAUGGAGCACGCGGACCUCGUGGCCGAGAUGCAGACCGUCGAGAGCCUGCCCACCCACGAGCGCCUCCAACUGGCCCGAUUACGUCGUGCCCAGCAGCUGAAGCUCUCCCGGCAGAAGGAGAAGGAGUGGGCCAAGCUGCAGCGGGCGAAGGGCAACGCGGCGAGCGGAACCGGAAACGGCCAGCUGGGCAACGGGCUGAUGAACGGGAACGGAGACACCACGCACCACUUCCGGCACGCGAACGGAUCGGGAACGGUGAGCGGGCGGCGGCACAUAUCCUUCGAGAACAGCGUGGUGCUCCUCGAGGCCGCCUCCCGCAACGACAUGCCCGAGGUGGCGGCCCUCCUGCAGCACGGGAUCACCCCGGAUGCCGCCAACGAGGACGGACUGACCGCGAUGCACCAGGCGUGCAUCGACAACAACGUCGAGAUGCUGCAGCUCCUUUUGGAGUACGGAGCGAAUGUGGAUGCCCAGGACAGCGACAAGUGGACGCCGCUCCAUGCGGCCGCCACCUGUGGACACCUCGAGCUGGUGCGCAUCCUCAUCCGGCACGGCGCCAACCUGCUGGCCGUCAACACCGACGGCAACAUGCCCUACGACCUCUGCGACGACGAGAACACGCUCGACUUCAUCGAGGGCGAGAUGGCCCAGCGGGGCGUCACCCAGGAGCUGAUCGACGAGACGCGCUCCUCCACGGAGCGGAUCAUGCUCCGCGACCUCAUGGAGCUGGCCCGCACCGGCGGCGACCUCGAGGAGCCGGACUACCAGUGCGCCACACCGCUUCAUAUAGCCGCUGCGAAUGGAUAUGUCCGCGUCGUGGAGUUUCUGCUGGAGCAGCAUGUCAACGUGGAUGCCAUGGACAAGGAUCUGUGGACUCCGGUUCAUGCCGCCGCCUGCUGGGGACAUCUGGAGGUGCUGGAAAUGCUCGCCCAGUGUGGUGCUGAUUUAAAUGUUCGCAACAAGGACGACGAGACGCCCUCAGAUAUUUGCGAGGAUCCCGAGAUCAGGGAGCGCAUCGAGCAGCUGAAGACGGAGCAGGAGAGCAAACGACUGGCUGAAGCGCAGCGGCGGCGCGUUCGACGCUCGCAGAGCAACAACACCAGAGCCCAAUCAGUGCGACGGACCAGCUUGCGGGACAAAACGCUGACAACCAAAAAGGACGCCGUCGAGGAGACGCGGCUGCGUCUGCAGGCCCAGGAGGCGACCGACUCGGAGGCCCCCUCCUCGGGAGGAGAUCCCCUCUCGAAUGGCUACGGGUACGGGAACAACAACGGGGAGAAGCGACCCUCGACGGGCAGUUCGAAUGGCCAACCACUGCCGCACUCCAAGUCCGCCGAUGCGCUGGACAACGCCAUGAUGGCUUCCUCCGCCGCGCUGGCGGCCACCGCCACACAUUCCUAUCAGUCGCGUCGUCCGCCGGACGGGCGGGAAAACGACGAGCUGCUCCGCCUGAAGGCCGCCGGCGCCGCUGGCGACAUGCAGCGGGCCACCUCGGCGGCGGCCGUCAUCCUCACCGAGAAGGGAACGGCGGCCAGCGCCGAGGCCGUUCAGAUCCAGUCGUCCAAGGAGGCUGCCAACGGGAAGAUCAACGUCCAGGUCACCGUCCUCGUGGACACCAACAGCACGCACCACCAUCAGCAACAUCAACAGCAGCAGCACCAGCAGCAACUCCACCAGCAGCAACACGUGCUGCUGUUGCAGCAACAUCAGCAGCAGCAACAGCAACUCCAGCAGCAGCAGCAGCAGCAACAGCAGCAUGUUGCCUUGGAUGGCUACAGUGCCACGUUGGCCAACUUGAAGAAGCAACGCUCGCUUUCACGCACCGCCAAUGUCCUCAAUAAUUUCGAACUGUCAUCCCAAACAACUAGCAAUGCCCAUCAAAUUGCAGCUGCAACUGCAACCACAACUAAUGGUUCUGUUUUAGGAGCCGGCGGCACUGGCAGCAGCACCACCACCACCAACAACAACAACAACAACCUUAGCACAAGCAACAACAACAACAACGGAUCGGCACCGAUCUCGACGCAACCGAUGGGCCAAAUGGGUCCGGGCAGCCUGCUAUCCGACUUCGAGGGCUCCUCGCCGGCGGGCAGCUCGCUGAACAAGUUCAGCGGAAUCACCGGGGACGUGGUCACCGACAGCACGAGUUCCAGUCGCCGGUGCUGCGUCCUGAUGUAGAAACUAAACUAACCAACUAACCAACUAGAAUCACAGGGUAUUAAACCAACCUGAUUUGCGAUCAGAGGAAUAGGCCAUUAUUCGAAUGGCGUCGCGAAAGUGUCUUCUUUUAGAUUAGCCGAAUUCAGUGAGUGAAUUGUUGAAUGUUGACAACACAAAUGCAUGUUGGUUUAAGAGGGGGUUCAAUUCUGUGAGCUCCCAGAACGGCUCAAAGUCGUUGCAUUUUCCUAGCUGACACUACACACACACACAACCAAUUAUACGAUAAAAUUUAUACAAAUAUACAACCAUAUGUAUACAUUUGAAAGAUCAUAAAAAGUAUAUUAAAUAAAUGUGAGCAGUUUACCUUAGUUGAUACGUAAAACCCAAAUCAAAACCAUAAAAAACAUCAAAAAUAUUUAUAUAGAAGUGCUAAGAACUUAACUUAAUGAUUUGCUUGGAGUGCAUUGAAAUUAGCUGUGGUUCAGUGUGUGAGUGUUGAAACCGAAACAGGCAAAGUAUUAUGCAACAAGUAUGAAAUAUUUAACAAAUAAACUAUAGCGAAAUUGUAGUUAAAACGUGACAGCAAAGUAAAGCAAAGCAAUGAAAUGCAAAGCAAAGCACUUAAGCAAUUCCCCAUAUAAGUGUCUAAAUGUUCGAAAAGAAAAGAUGUUUAUGCCAGACAGCAUUAAGAUUUGGCCCAGUUCGAUCUGGAUUUAUUUUUCAGUAAAUUACCUUGCUCUGCGCUAUGAGAGUUGGGUUCUGUUGAGAAAUGCAAGAAACUUUGUAUUAUUUACGUAGUAACUAUGUUUGUAUAUAUACACAAUUCCAAAUGAUUUAGAGAUAAAAUACAAAAAACAACGCGCAAUUAGCAGAAGAGACUUUAUUCGAUUUGAAUGUCAAGGCAUUAGCUGAACGUUUUGUAAAAUAAACAAAAGAAUUACAAAAAAAAAA